AUGUCUACGAUCCAAGCGCUACAGAUCCAAUCGCAGGGUGGACCAGAGGUCGUGCAGGUGCGUUGCAUACCUGCGCCCACGCUGUCCGGCUCGGGCCAAGUAAUCGUGCGCAACGAAUACGCUGGAGUCAACAUGAUCGACACCUACCAUUUCGGUGGGCUGUAUCCGUUGAAAUGUCCGAUUGUGAUCGGCCAAGAAUCGGCGGGAGUGGUGGAAGCGGUUGAUGCAGAUGUGACGAGCGUAGCUGUGGGAGACAGGGUUGUACAGUACGGUGGAGGGUCGUACACUGAAAAGCAGCUGUUGAACGCUGAGCGCGUGAUCAAGCUUCCCGAAUCGAUCUCGACCAAGACGGCGGCAGCUGCGUAUUUGCAGGGACUUACCGCUCUGACGUUGCUCAAGGAAGCGCAUCCGGUCAAACAGGGCGAUUGGAUACUCGUCACCGCUGCAGCUGGCGGCGUCGGCCUGCUGCUCUGUCAGAUGGGCAAAGCGUUUGGAGCCAACGUGAUCGCUGUUACCUCAACUGAAGAAAAAUGUCAGCUCGCAAAACAGCACGGCGCCAUCCACGCUCUGCGCUACAACAAGCAAGACCCAGCGCAGUACAUCGCCGCGAUCAAACACAUCACCCAAGACCACGGCGUCGACGCCAUCCUCGACGGCGUAGGAGCCGACACGUGGGAAAGCAACUUUGAAAUCGCCGCGCGAAAAGCAACCAUCGUCACGUUCGGUAACGCUUCCGGUCCGGUCCCCGCGUUCGCCCCGCUCAAACUCGCCUCCAAGAACCUCAAAGUGGUCCGCCCAACGCUGUUCAACUACGUCACCACCAGGGAAGAGAGAGAACGGUAUUCACAAGAGCUCUUCGACCUUAUCCAGCAGGGAAACGUCAAGAUCAACGUUCACGAAGAGUAUCCCUUCACCACCGAGGAUAUGAGGAGAGCAUUUGCGGACAUCAAAAGCAGGAAGACAACGGGCAAGCUAGUUGUCAAAAUGUGA